GCAUACACCAAAAUCAAGCUCUGCAACACUUCGACAUACCCGUCACACUUCAACUCACUCACCACACUUCAACCACCACCACCACCACCACUACCAUGUCUUCAAACGUUGGCGACCGUCGCACUUACGAGGAUGGUGACCAGAAAAACUACACCGACGCGGAGCUGAAGGCGCAGAAGGAGUCUGAGCGCUUCGACGAGGGCAAGAAGAACUCACACAACGCGACUGACGCAAAGGACGAGCGCUCCAUUGCCAACCGCCUAGCUGCUGAGGAGAAGAAAGACCAAGAGCCGGACUCAGAGAAGAGCCAAGAAGCAUUCGAAUCGAAGAAGGACGCGACUUUGCCCGCCCGCAACCACGGCAACGAGCCCUCCAAGGGGGCCAAGAUUGACCAGCAGCUUCGCGAGGAGGAGGAGGCAAUCCUCAAGAAAAAGGGUGAUUUUGGCCCAGCUGCUUCAAACUAAAGCUUUCUGUUCUGUUGUUAGCAUACUACCAACCAGCGUUGCCGCAUAGAAAGAGGAUUGGCAAUACAGAGCCAGAAAACAUCACGAUGAGAUGUGUAGAUGAUACCAUUGGGCGAGGAAGCUCCAGAUCGGCAUAUAGUCUGCCGCAGAACAGAGGAUAAAACCAGGUUCUUGAAUUGAGAAAAGUCUUGUCAGACCAGAUGAAGUUUUACCCUGCCCAGCUCACGUUAUUCCCUGUGUCACUACUACUUCCACUAGACAGCAG